AAUUCUUAUUUUAUUCUAACGUUUUAUCUAUAUAAAACGUUAGAAUAAAAUAAGAAUACAAAUUUUAAAUGUCUACCAAUAUACAAUAUACAAAAUAAGAUAUAAACAUGAUAUAAACUCGCAAUCCCAAUCUCCCAAUCUUUCCAGUCAUUCCAGUUUCCAGUUUAUUCUUAUUUUAUUCUAACGUUUUAUCUAUAUAAAACGUUAGAAUAAAAUAAGAAUAAAAGCAUUUAAUUUCUACCAAUAUACAAUAUAUAAAAUAAUCUAUAAACAUUAUAUAAACUCCCAAUCUCCCAAUCUCAUCCCAUUUUAAACCCCUCCUGCUCCUCCCCUGACGCAGCGCCUCAACAUAAAACCCUUAGUUGGCAUCAAGAGGAGCGCUCAGCCGCAUCACAGCAGACAGACCAGUGCGCAACGACAGAGGAUGAUAACCUGAGUGUGUUUAGGAAAACUCUCGUUUUAUCUUUACUCUAGUUUAGUCGUGCGUAAAAGUUGGGUAAAAUGUUGCCAAGCGCUUUAACCACGAUAACAACCCUCUUGUCGUGGUGUUACUGCGCGGUGGCCACGCAGGUCUCCUUCUCCAACUCCUCCGCGGACACCGAGGUGCGCUCCAGCUUCAUCCAGCGGCGGCUGCGGAGUCAGGAGCGCAGAGAGAUGCAGCGGGAGAUCCUCUCCAUCCUGGGACUACCACACCGUCCAAGACCGCUCCACCUCCACAACACCAAACACAACGCUGCUCCGAUGUUCAUGCUGGAUCUCUACAACACCAUCUCCUUCUCCACGGACGCAGAGCCGCAAGGAUACUCUUAUUAUAAGCCCGUUUUACCGACUCAGGUCUCCGCCAAGGUGAGCCCGCAGGACAGCCGCUUCCUGGAUGACGCAGACACCGUGAUGAGUUUUGUCAACCUCGUUGAUCAGGAUCAGGAUCUUCUGUACCAGCAGCACAGAAGAGAGUUCCGGUUUGACCUUUCCCGUAUCCCAGAGGGAGAGGCCGUCACAGCAGCAGAGUUCAGGAUCUAUAAGGAUUUCAUCCAGGAGCGCUACGAGAACGAGACAUUCAGAGUCAGUGUAUACCAGGUCCUGCAGGAGCCUCCAGACAGUGACGUGGAGCUCUUGCUGCUGGACCAGCGAGAGGUGUGGGCUGCGGAGGAGGGCUGGCUGGCGUUUGACCUGACCGUCACCAGUAACCUCUGGCUGGUCAACCCUGAGCAGAACCUCGGCCUGCACCUGGUCCUGGAGGACAGCCACGGUCAGAGGAGGAACCCCCGACUGGCGGGGCUGCUGACGGGCAGCGGACCUCAGGACAAGCAACCCUUCAUGGUCGCCUUCUUCAAAGCCAAUGAGGUGCGCUUCCGCAGCAUCCGCUCUGCCAACAAGGGACGCCAGUCGAACCGCUCUAAAUCCCAGAGGACUGUCCAAGAUGCACUAAAGGCAGUGGAGGCUGCAACAGAUACGCUUGGCCUCUCCAGAGAGGGAUGUAAAAAGCACGAGCUGUAUGUCAGUUUCAGAGAUUUGGGAUGGCAGGACUGGAUCAUAGCACCAGAGGGCUAUGCAGCGUACUACUGCGAGGGAGAAUGCGCCUUCCCUCUCAACUCCUACAUGAACGCCACCAAUCACGCCAUCGUGCAAACUCUGGUGCACUUUAUCAACCCGGACACGGUGCCUAAGCCCUGCUGCGCCCCCACCCAGCUCCACGGCAUCUCGGUGCUCUACUUUGACGACAGCUCCAACGUCAUCCUUAAGAAGUACCGCAACAUGGUGGUCAGAGCCUGCGGCUGCCACUGACCGCUCGAACCCCCCUUUCCUGUGAGUUUGGCGAAUCUGGGGGGGGGGACGCUCAAGAAAGGCGGAAGUGAAGGAACCAGAGACAAGAGAUGAUUGAGUGGCUGCUCAUCGGGGAGCUCCUGCCAAAUCUGGUGGUUUUAUGAGCAGCAGCUGAGCCUCCCAUGCAGUAUUAACCACUACCACAAACCAAGUAGAACUAUUGGUAACAGAGACUGGUUGAACAAAGGGGUUUCUUUUGCUUCCCUUUGAGUUUGGCAAGAAAAAGUGCACUGAAAGGACUUCAAGCAAUGUGGAGCUACUUCAGAGACUCAAACAAAACAUUCAGUUACUAUUUUCCCUAAUGUGCAACACACAUCGAGCUGCAUUUGAAUUCAAGCAUUGACCAUCAGAAUAUAAAAUAUUUCCUGGGUGGAAAUGUGCAUUUGGUAACUUAUUUCACAACUUAUGAGACUUUAAAAGCUCCAUCUUCCUGUUCCUUUUCUUUUGGAACAGCUGGAUGAACUUAAUGAUGAGAAAAAAAAACUCACCGGCGUUGAUCUGGUGGUUCAGCCGGCCACUUGGACCGGGUCAGGUGUGAGACAUCUGGCAGCUGAUGUAGAGGAGCUCAGUGAAGACUGGCAGUCGAGACUGUUAAUAACAGUGUGGGACUGAAAGGCCUGCCUGUUGAACAUCCUGGUGCAGACGCACAGUUUGAUCACCAGGCCUGUGAGAGGCAAGAUGUCAGUGAUUCAUCUUGGUGAGACGGACAUCGGGGCGUGCACCGUCGCCUCGACUGCAGCUGCCUCCUGAGGUCAAACCUGAGCUGCAGGUGGGCAAAGAGAAAGCUGUAAUUUUAUUUUGUCAGAUUAAAGUAGUUGAAUAAAUGGAAACUAUAAAACAAGAAG